UUAUUUUUUUGUUAUGAGAAGCAGGAAGGAUAUACUUACCCUAUUUUUGUGGUCGGAUUUAUUUUACCAAGAUUGAGUAUUUUAGGAUCUUAAGAAGGUUUGGAGAGAGCUUAUAUAAACACAUGUUUAAGCACAUGUCUGGGGAGAUCUACUGGAAAUUGUUGAAUUUGAAUCUAAUCUAGAUUAAUGUUUUUCUUUCUCUUAAUUGUUGAAUCUAGAGCUUAUAAACACAUGUUUAACCCUAUACUUAAUCAAUGUGGGACACUAGGAUCAUAACACUCUCACAGCACUUUGCCCAUCACUGCCACUCGCAGCAGCCAACUGCUGUCUACGGUCUACCCAAUUUUGCCCUACCAUUCUCAGGCCUGAUGACCAGUUUUUGUUUCUCUGCCUGACCAAACGCAUUUGAGCAACACUGAAACGUAAACACAGUGUCCCCUUGGGGAAAUUUGUCAUUUAGCAUCAUUUUAGCAACUAUUUAGUUAGGGGUCAAAUUUGCAAAACAGUUUUACAAACUAGCAUCUCAAGCCUCUAAAACUCGAGUUUUGAGUUCAAGGUAAGAAAGCUCUGAGUUUGUGUUUGGGUCUGGAUCUGAGUUUCUUCUUCUUCUUCUUCCUUCUCCAUGGGUCUCUUCUUCUUCUUCUUCUUCUCUUCUCUUCUCCGAGGGAGGUAGAAAAGGUUGAAAUUGAGUGUGUUAGCAAAAUGGUGCUAAAUUGCAAAAAAAAUCGGUGUCCCCUUCUUUGAAGGUAAAAAAUUGUUGAAGAUUACUUCCUAAUAUAGCACGUUCAAUAUUGUUCAACCACCAUUGGGAAAUACUUGCCUCUUUCAAAAAUAAUGCAAAAGAAGGUUCCCCUGUUCACCUCAAGUUGAAAAAGCUUUACUUAAAUAUCAAUAUAAAAAUUGCGAACACCUGCAUCCCACCAAUAACAAAACAGAAAAUCUUUGGCUAAUUCAAGGUAGCUAGGCCUUGCCCAGUGAGCGAGAGUAGUGUGAAGGCACAAUAUAAGGAAAUGUGUUUUUUUUUUUUUUUUUUUGGUUCUUAAAUCUUCGGAUUGGAUUUCUUGGUAGGAUUGGUUUUGAUUUUGUUAUCUGAGUUAGGUUUAGUUUUUGAGCAAUGCUUCCAUUAACAAAGCCUCUGAUAGGAUUCCUUUUCUAUAAUUUAAAAAAAAAAAAAUUUAAAUGGCAAUUCGACCAGUUACCUUAAGCACAAAUAUUUUCAGUUACUGAAUGCAAUCGAGUGGAGGAUGCUUCAACUCUGCUAAGGAUGGAGGGAAGUGUAUUUCAUAUUAUUAUAAUUGAACAAUGCUUGCUAGGUGUGAAUGAAUUUGAGCUUCUUCGAAUUGGUAGAGAGAUAGAUUUGCCUGUUAUUGUGACAUCCGAAGAUGAUAAACCUGACAUUGUUCAAAGGAGUUUGAAAUAUGGCGCCUGUGAUUAUCUGCUGAAGCCUAUCCCGAUGAGUGUUCUUAAGAUGGUGUGGAAAUAUAUGUUUCUCAAGAAAGACAAUAAGUGGGCCCAAGUGUGGCAGCUGACAAAUAAUGUGUCCAGAGUGAGAAAUCAGCGAAUGUCUUGGACAUCAGACUCUCAUGAAAAGUUUGUAGAAAGUGUGCAAAAACUGGGGGGCAUUGAUAAUGCAACUCCCAAGAAAAUUUUGCAACUCUUGCAAAGUAACUUUAAGGGUUUCGAAGAUGUUGAUAGGGAAAAGAUUUCCAGCCAUCUUCAGAAAUACCGUGAUAGCCUUAAAAAAAAGGCUCAGCUGCAUAUGCUGGGGUACAGAGACAAAGAUGGUACCAGUUCAGAGCAUAUUCAGUCCGGAUAUCAAAUGGAGGAACAUUCACCAAUGACUUUGGUCGAUCAAGUCUUGAAGACCACGGUUGCAAAUGAGCCAGAUAUAUUAUCACAACAGCAACAAGCUCCAGCAGCAAAGAACACUCAAGGCUUUCAGAGUGUAACCAGGCCUUUUGAAACCAACUUACAAACCAUUGGAGGUAGUACUAGUUGUGGAAACCAAAGCAACGCUUUGAUGACCCAGAUGGAUGAAACACCUUCAAGUGAACAGAAAUGGAAUGAGUUCACGGGAGGUCAGCCUUUUGUCUACGAAAGCUUUCUCAAUGACCCGGAUGAGUUUUCCAGCCUUGAUACUUUUCAGGGAGGUAUUUCUGGAGAUCCUAGUUUCUUCUCCAUUAAUGCUCCUGUUCUGAGUCCUUCUCAUAUUGAUCAUGGAGAAUAUGGUUUCUCCUCAGAUGGAAUAUUUGAAAAUUUUACUGGGGAUGUUAUUGCUCGUGAACAUUUUAACAACCUCUGAUGCUGUUUGCUGGAUUAUCUGAGUCUAAAAUCUGGUGGCGUCAUCCCAAAUCCAAGAAAAAUGCUUCUCUGUUGGAUGUAUCUUUGUUCUCUUUGAUUCUGCCUGUUUUUCUAAAGUGUGGUUUUUAUUUUGUUUUCAACUCAGGAUUUCAGCUUAAAUUCACAUAUGAAUAUGGAUGUGUGUGCAACUUGGUAUGCGUAAUAUUUUUUAGUUUUACCCUUUCCUAAGAGCAUCAACAGUGGGCUUCUCAAAUGCCAAAUUGUAAAAAUAUUUGGCAUUUGGGCCCAAAUUACUUCAGCAAUGGGAGAGCUAUACCUGAGACCGGCCAAAUUAUUUUGGCAUAAUGCUACAGUGCGAUCUCAUAUGUGAGAUCGCACUGUAGCGCUAUGCCAUCCAAAAAAAAUUUAUUUUAAUAGUGCACAGUCGUUUAGCCUUUUUCUCUCUCUUCCUACACUACCCGAUUUUGCUCUCUCUCGCGCCAUCAAGCUUCUCUUUCCCUCGCUUUUCUCUCCGAUCACCAAGCCGCUGUCUCACCAAGCCUCGCUUUUGACUCCGAUCACCAAGCCAUCGCUGUCACCAAGCCUCGGUUUUCUCUCCGAUCAACAAGCCGCUGUCCGAAUCACCAAGCCUCUGCCUCUGCCGAUCCACCCUCACCCAUCUCCAAAUCCGUUUCACUGUCACCGAGCUUCACUUUUCUCUCCGAUCACCAAGUCGCUGCCACCAAGCCUCGCUUUUCUCUCCGAUCACCAAGCCGCUGUCCGAAUCACCAAGCCUCUGCCUUUGCCGAUCCACCCUCACCCAUCUCCAAAUCCGUUUCACUGUCACCGAGGUUCGCUUUUCUCUCCGAUCACCAAGCCGCUGUCACCAGCCUCGCUUUUCUCUCCGAUCACCAAGCCGCUGUCUGAAUCAACAAGCCUCUGCCUCUGCCUCUGCCGAUUCACCGAAGCUCCGUCGGUCUCUCAAAUAAAAUCAAAAUCAAAAUCAGAGCAAUUUACUAGAGGUGGGAUUCAGCUUCAUCACGAGGGUUUUUGCUUGCUGUCGGAUUAGCAUCUUCAGAAAGUCUGCUCAGGUUCAACUCUAUGAUUUUGUUUGAUUUCUAUUUGUACAUGUUGGCCAUGAAUGGGCUGUGCUUGUAGACAGUAUAUUUUUG